GGAGGUUGUAAUUCGGUGAGUUGGUAAAAUCUCCUACUUGUCUUCAUCGGACUGUAGAUUUUUUGUUUGUCUUUGGUUGACCACUUCCAUCUAUUUUUCUCUUCUUAGGCUGGUAUACUGUAUCACAUGAAGGCAAUCGAUAUGGUGUAACAUUUCACAGUCGACUAUUUGCUAAUGAAUUUAUGAAAUGUUUAGAAGCGGAGUAUGGACGAUGGAAUACAGCAAACAUACUGAAGAUACAACGAGAUGGACAAAAUUUUGUAAUACUGAAUAUAUUUUUUCAUGAUCUAUUCACACCAUGGUUUUACACACAAGGACCUAUUAAAAAUGAUGAAGAAUGGAUUCGAACAGAUUUUAAAAAUAUUUGUCAUACUGUUCAGGCAAGAUUAGCAGUUAAUCCUCGUUUCAAAUGGAAAUUGAAUAAAUUUUCUAAUACCUCAAAGAAUUACACAUCACAAAAACAAACUCAUCCACUGCAGUCGACUAACACAACUUCACAAUCAGAAGACGGAAAAAGUACACAACAUCAACAUCAAAUGAAUACAACGACCACGACUACCACUAGUACUACGGCUACACCAUGGAUUCCAUGGACAAAAGUUGCAUAUAUUCCAUCACUGACAGAGACAUCAGUUAGAAAACAUUUGACCCGUGGAAUGACUAAAAGUAAAUAUAAAUCAAAAAAUGAGAAUAAAUCAUCUCAACUGGUGAAUGUUAUCAUCCUAGAGGAUAUUAUUGAAUGUAAUGGAUUAGAUAAAGGUGUACAAACUCACCAGAAACGAUUACAAACGCAUAAAGCAAAUAUUGAUCCUGUAGUAUAAACACACGGGCAUUUUGUAAUUGUAGUGGUACAGUAGUAGUGGUUGUGUGGCGUUCAACACAAGCCAAAUACAGGAGAUCAAGGUGUUUGUUUGGUAUACAGUUUUAUAUUCUUAUCAUCAAGAUAUAAUUACGUGGAUAAGCAAUUACUGCACUGUUCUGAAAUACAACUUUCACGUCAAAAGAUGAUACAGUAAUAAUAACAAUAAGGCUUUUGAAAGUUAGACAAUUUACAAAUUAUGUAUGUACAAAUAAUUAGUUAUUUUGUAAUAAAUGUGGGGAAAUAAUGAGAGACUUUGUCAGUGUAAAUAC